UUUUCAUUCCAAAUUCUGCGUAAUUCGGCUGAAUUUUAUUUCAAAUUUCGGCGCUUUUUUAUUUAUCAAAAUAUUUGUUCCUUCCUUGUGUUAAAGAGUAUAUUUAAUGUGAAUCUAAGCUUUCUUGGGUCGUGAGAAAUAUUAUAUAACAUAGUUUGUUCCAGUAAUUUUUCUUUUCGAAAGAAUUCUUAAAUUUGAAACUAAGAACAUAAUAGUGUAUUAAGAAUGUGUCACUCGAAUAUUAUUGGACUUUUAUACCUGUCAAAUAUUACAAAUCAUUCCAGUUGAGUUUUUAAACAACGGAAACUCUCUGUAAUGUUGAAAUAUUUUAAAAACUGAAGCGUGUUGAUGCCGGCAUAUUUCUGCAAAUAUGAAUACUGAAGAGUCAGGAAAUGAAGGAACAAGUUUAUUCUCUCAAGAAGAAUUGCAGAUGCUGUCAGAAAUUGAUAGCUCUUUGUUUGGAUUCUUAAAAUAUAACAGACCUGAGGAUGCCAAGAAAAAAGCUUUGAUGAUUAAGGCAAUCAGAUGUCUUGAAAAAUGUUUAGCGAAAGAUUUUCGGAAUAAAGAAAAUGAUCCAUCUGCUGUUAAUCAGAAUAAUAUUGAAAACAUUUCUGAUAAAUUACCAAUAAUUCAUACUGAUGAUGCUUUACAAGAGGAAAGUAAUUCAUCAACUCAGGCAAAAUCCACUAAAACAAAGACUUUGUCUAAAGAAGAAAUACAUGUUAGAAUCUUUCGUAAACUUGGCCAUUUCCAUUUACUCUUAGAAGACUAUGCUAAAGCUCUCUCAGCAUAUCAAGUACAUUUACAGUUGAAUGAGGACCACUGGAAGGAUAUUCCUUUUAUGUAUGGACUGGGAAUGGUGUAUUUCCAUUUCAAUGAAUAUUACUGGGCUGUAAAAACAUUUCGGCAUGUUUUAUAUUUGGAUCCUGGAUUUACCAGGUCCAAUGAAUGUCAUUUGAGAUUGGCUGUUAUGUUCAAACUUUUACAGGACUAUGAAUCAGCACAUAGACAUUUUCAGUUAGUUCUUGCAGAUUCUAGUCCUUGCUCUUUAUCCAGAGACGAAAUUGCUUUUCACAUUGGACACUUAUUUGAAGUUCAGGGUAAACAUAAAGCAGCAAAGGAAGCUUACGAACAGCUUUUGGAGCAAAAAGAUAUAUCGCCUGUCUUGCGAGCAGAAACAUGCAAGCAAUUAGGGUGGAUGCAUCAUACUGUUGAAGCUCUUGGUGAGAAAGCUCAAAGACAAACUCUUGCUCUUCAUUAUUUGCAAAAAUCUAUAGAAGCAGAUCCUACAAACGGUCAAAGUCUGUAUUUCUUGGGUCGUUGCUACGCUAGUCUGGGGAAAGUACAUGAUGCCUUUGUAUCUUAUCGUAGUUCCGUUGACAAAGCGGAGGCUAAUGCAGAUACAUGGUGCUCAAUAGGGGUAUUGUACCAGCAGCAAAACCAGCCGAUGGACGCUUUACAGGCUUAUAUUUGCGCAGUUCAAUUGGAUAAAAAUCAUACGCCAGCGUGGACUAACUUGGGUAUACUUUAUGAAAAUUGCAAUCAACCCCAAGAUGCUUUAAAGUGUUACGUUAAUGCAAAUACUGGAAAAGGUCCUAUAAAUCCUAAUCUUGCAUCCAGAGUGAAAAUUCUUCAAAAUCAAUCGUCAAGUCCUCCUUCUGGUAACAACAGCCAAAGGCAAUCUAAACUGCCAUGUAUUGAAGAUGCUUGGAAUUUCCCCAUAUCACAAGAGAUGGCAUCAAGGCAGAAUGCAGCUACGCAAGGACAGAUAAGUCGCGUUAAUUCAACAAAUCAAAGGCAAACGUAUAGUAGAUCCGAAACUCCAGUUGUUGCAGGACAGGGUCCUCCAAGUCAAGUACAGCCGCAGCAUAUUCAUAUAAGGCCUACUUCUCUGAUGGGUUCUUCACAGGAACAACCGCCUAAUAAGAGAAUGAAACUGAAUACUACUACUCAGCAGUCAAAUCAGGUAUCGGGUCCAGAUGUCAAUGCUCGUCCUUCGUUUUAUCUAAACCAGCAGCAGUUACAGCUUCUUAGUUAUUUUCAGCAAAACCAGGCAAAUCUUUCUCCUCAACAAAGGAAUCUUUUUCAACAACUACAGCAACAAUAUCAGCACAUGCAACAGCAUCAACAGCAGCAAAAAAUAAUGCAAAAUCAAUCGCCUCCGGGGCAAUCAUCUGUUCCUGUAUCUACUACAGGGACACAAAUUUUAAGUACUUCUGCAUGUUCUGUUGCACGCAGUGGGUUUGCAAGUGGCUACAUGUCACCAGAUUCUACUGCUACUCAAGUUCGUCCUUCUCCUUCAUUAUUAUCAUUAGAAGGGAAAGUUGUGAAUAGUUCUAAUCCUCAUAGUCAAUCAAAUCCGGCCAAUUUACAGGCACGAACUGCAUCUAAUAUGCCAACUUCUCAAUCCUGCCAGGUUACCACUACAACAGGUACCCAAAUGAUAACAAAGCCUUUGCAAUGCUCUAGUUCGCAAGUUCAACAUAUUCCUGGGUCGAGACAGAUGUUGUCAUCACAGGUGUCAAGUACCACCCAACCAUCAGUAGUGUUACAUGACAUAUGCGAUUCCAUUAGUGAUAAAGAUCUUCAAAUCUUAUUAUCUCAGAAGGACAUUUCUUCUUCAUUUGCUGAAGAUCUUUUAUUGCAGCUUUCUGGAGAAUCUCACUCAAAAUGCGCGAGUCAGAAAAAAAAUGGAUCACAUUCUGAGGAUACUACAGGACAAGAAACAAAAGAUACUUUAGCAUCUGAUCGUGAUGCCUUAAAAAGUUCAACUUCUUUUUCUACAUCAGUGCAGAAGAGAUCUACUUUUUCACAGGACCUCAAAUCAGACUCUAUUAAAGAGAAAGUUGAACAUGAGGAAUUUAAAAGUGAAUUAGAAUCACUCAGAUUUAAAAGUGAUUCAAAUCUGUGUUCUCCGGCUUCAUUAUCUAUAAAUAUGAGUUCAUCUCAGCUUUUAGCCGCAUGUAAAGGUUUGGAGAAAAACGGUGUCUCAAAUACAAGUAUUAUAUCUGAGCUUUGCCCACCUCCUUCUCCACCAGAUCCACCUUAUCCUCCUGCAAACAAAGAUCAACUGUUACCUCCAACUCCCAGUGUAUAUUUGGAAAACAAGAAAGAUGCAUUUUCUCCUCAACUACAAGAAUUCUGUUUGGCACAUCCUAUUGCUGUGAUACGUGGUUUAACAAGCGUUUUGAAACUUGACCUUGGAUUGUUUUCGACAAAAACUUUAGUUGAAGCUAACCCUGAUCAUACUAUUGAAGUAAGAACACAAUUAAUGCAGUCGUCUGAUGAAAAUUGGGACGCAGAAAGGAGAAAGCAAGUCUGGCGAUGUGAAAGUCAUAGAUCACAUACUUCAAUUGCGCGUUAUGCUCAGUAUCAAGCUUCUUCCUUCCAAGAGUCAUUAAGGGAUGAACAUGAAAAGAUUGCUGGUGGGCAGGCUACACGAGAGUCUGACAGCGAUUCUAAUUCUUCAGUAUCAAGGAGUAAAAAAGGAAGAAAAAAUAGUUUUUUCAAAACUAUUAAGUUCGGAACAAAUGUAGAUUUAUCUGAUGAAAGAAAAUGGAGACCUCAACUUCAAGAACUCACUAAGUUGCCGACAUUUGUAAGAGUUGUAUCUGCAGGCAAUAUGCUAAGUCAUGUUGGGCAUGUUAUAUUAGGGAUGAAUACUGUACAGUUGUAUAUGAAAGUUCCCGGGAGUCGGACACCUGGUCACCAAGAAAAUAAUAAUUUUUGUUCUGUCAACAUAAAUAUUGGCCCAGGGGACUGUGAAUGGUUUGGAGUAUCUGAACCAUACUGGGGAGUUAUCCAUAAUAUGUGUGAAAGGAAUAGUUUAAACUUCCUGCAUGGCUCAUGGUGGCCAAUUUUGGAUGAUUUAUUUGCUGAAAAUAUACCUGUGUAUCGCUUUUUGCAAAGACCAGGGGACUUGGUAUGGGUCAACGCUGGUACAGUGCAUUGGGUUCAGGCUGUGGGCUGGUGUAAUAAUAUUGCCUGGAAUGUUGGCCCAUUGACUGCUAAACAAUACCAGUUAGCAGUAGAACGUUAUGAAUGGAAUAAACUUCAAAGCUACAAAUCUAUUGUUCCUAUGGCUCAUUUAACAUGGAAUCUAGCCCGUAAUCUUAAACUCUCGGACAGAAAGCUUUUUGAGCAAAUCAAGUACUGUCUUUUAAGGACACUUCGGCAAUGUCAGAUGACACUUGAUUUCUUAAAGGAAUUGAAAAAAGAAGUAAAGUGGCAUGGCCGGGGGAAAAAUGAAGCAGCACAUUAUUGCACAAUUUGUGAGGUGGAGGUAUUUAAUAUACUUUUCGUGAAAGAAGUUGACAAAAAACAUUUAGUGCAUUGCUUGGAUUGUGCAAGAAAGUGCAGUCCUGUGCUGGAGGAUUUCGUUAUGUUAGAAGAAUACACAAUGGAGGAUUUGAUGGAGGUUUAUGAUAACUUCAUUCUUCAUCCCGUUCCCCAUUCAAGUUCAACAAUUUAAGGUGCCAUUCCAUUUAUAUGACUGUCCUAAAAGUGGUAUUAUGGAUUGAUGCAUUUUAACCAACUUCACUGCCAUUACACAUUCAUUCCCAAUUACCGUUAAUUUUCAUGGAAAUUGUUCUUGAGUAACCAACUCUUGUUAUUUGAUAAAUAUAUAAAGAAACUAUUGCACCGUUGCCUCCUGCAUUUAAAGUUUUGUACAGUUCUUGGAAUUUGUAAAUUUCACUCUGUAACAACUGCACCCUGACAUUAGCUUGCAUAAAGUUCAGUGAUACUGUACAGCUCUGUGAAAAAACUGUAGAUAAUUUCACUUGAUGUAUUGAGAGAAGUUAAUAUGUAAAUAAGUUAUUUUGCAUCAUCCUUGUUGAUAGCAAAGUCUAUGUGCAUAUAAUGUAAGGUUGUAUAGUUCUAACAUCACAAAAUGAUGCUAAUUCAGUAACAUUUUUAAUCAUUUAACAUUUUUUAUUGAGAUUGGAAGAACUGUGUAAAGAUUUAAAACAUGUUCCAUGCUGAAACUGUUAAAGAUUGGCUAUGAAUGCAAUAUGUCAAUUUUUAAUUUUGUAAUUUUCAAUGAAAGUGUAAUAGUUUAAUUGGAGUCAAAAAAUGUGGCAUUAAUUUUUUGAAUGUAUGUGUGCUUGUUUCGCUCUAGUAGUUUGUUGUAUGUGCUUUGAAUUUGAUGUAUACAAAAAUUUUACAUUUUAAUUUGAAAUGUUAUUAUUGUGUUUCAUGUUGGUUUUCAUGGGAUUGUGUUAUUUUGUAACAAAUUUAAAAAUAACUUUUAUUUAUUUUAUUCAAUUUAUAAUUUCGGUACAAGUGUGAAGUAGCCUAUUCCAACGAAAUCAAUUAAAAUGUAAAAAUGUAUGUAUGUAUUUUUUUAAAAAAAAUUGUUAUUAUAGAAUAUAAAGAAAUUUAACGUUUCUUCAGCGUAUUUGAAAAUUUUUGUAUUGUUGUAAAGAUUAAUAUUGGUGGAAACUGUAUUUCUUCUCAGCUAUACUAAUUAAAAAUGCUUUUAUUUUUAUUUUAAAGUUUUGGAAUUAGUCUUUAAAAAGCUUUCUCAAACAAUAUUAGUUUAUUAAAGUAUUAAAAUACAUAAAUUUUUACAAAAAAGUGUUAUUAUAGAAAUUUAAUGUUUCGUCAGCAUUUUUGAAAACUGUUGUAUUAUUUUUGAUGAUUAAUAAUGAUGGGAAUUAUAUUUCUCCUCAUAAAUGCAAUGAAGCUUUUUUUUAAUUCAAUUUAUAAUUCUGACAUUAAUGUGAAACUGCCUUUUUCAACGAAAUCAAAUGUUUGAAGUGUAAAGAUUUAUGUAUUUUAAUAAAAAUAAUUUAUUAUAGAAAACAUAGAAAUUUAGUGUUUCAUCAACUUCAUUUGGAAAUUGUGGUUUUAAUAUUUGUGGAAAUUAUAUUUCUGCUCAGCUAUGCAAAUGAAACUUCUAUAUUUUUUAUUCAAUGUAUAAUUUUGGUAGCAAUAUGAAAAAGCCUUUUCCAACGAAAUCAAUUGUUUGAUGUGUAUCGAUAUAUGUAUUUUAACAGAAAUAACUUGUUGUUAUUAUAGAAUAUAAAGAAAUUUAACAUUUCAUUAGCAUAUUUGAAAAUUUUUGUAUUAGUAUUAGAGAUAAAUAUCGAUGGAAAUUAUAUUUCUGCUCAACUAUGCAAAUGAUUUCAAUAUAUAUAUUUUGUUCUGAGCAUACAUAUUACCCAACAUAAAAAAACUAAACCCCUUUAUGUCAAGAUAUGCUUAUGAAUUCAACUUGUCUGAAUAUGUGUAAAUUUAAAUCAAGCCUUACAGAGGAAAUACAUUUUGCUGUUAAAAGUUGUUUUACAUUUUAUGUCAGUUUUGUUAAAAUGCACUGUAAAAAGUUUAAAAUUGCUUAUUUUGUUAUAUAAUGUGCAUUAAUAUCUACAUCUGCAAAGAAAAUAAAUUAUUUUGAAAUCAAAACUUUUGUGUGUAGUUUUGGCAUGUAGGUGUUCUGAGUUUUGUAAGAAAUGCUUAAACUGUUUUUCAAUAAUCUAGACAAUAUAUUUGUACAGUAGCCUUCAAUUAUGCUAUGUAUACUAAUAUCUGUACAUUGCUGAAUUGUAAAAAUGUUAUGUAUCAUGUCAAAAGGAUUAUUGUAGAUACGAUUGAUUGGCUGGUACAGAUAUUUAAUUUAAUUUUCGGAAAGAUGAAAAUGUGGUCUUGCUGUUUUCGGUUAUGAUCUAGUUGAUGUUAAAGUCAGUUUGGUAUAAUGGCGUCACGAAUCUGAGAACUAUGUGUUACCAUUAUCAUACACAAAUUUAAACACCAAAUACAGGUGUAUUUGUGGACAGUUCUAGUCCACACAUAAUUUACUGCCAGGUAAUUUAUACACCAUCUCUGUGUUCAAUGCUAACUAACACUGCCAAGAAACCAAACAUGUGAUAACUACCAAUUAUGAAUGAAAACAAAAACACUGAUAUUUUGUACAAUUUACUGCCUUCACUUUUAUUGAACAAAUCUGUUCGAUUCACUUUAUUUUCAUGUGCCAACAGCUGAUAAUAACCUAUUCCAUUCAUGUUGUCCCUUUCUAGAACUUCAGUUAUUUAAUCCUGAAAAUAAACUUAAAUCAUCCUGUUGAUUGUUUAAGUUUCUCUAUCUCAGGAACAUUUUAUUUGUAAAUUGCAUUUUGAAUACCUCAUAUCACAUUAGGAGCAGUGAAUACUUGUUUCUUAUUGUUUAUAUUGGUGUGUAUAUUUUUGUUUAGAAUUUUGUGUUUAUGCAGUUUUAACUUUUUUCUCUUUGUAAGGGUUGUCAUUAAAAACUUGUUCAGUUGUAGUUUCUUUGAUUUUUCCUUAUUUUAUUUAUACAGUGAUGUUUGUAUUUAUGAAAUUGUGCCAGCAAGAAUAAAAAUUGUUUUAGGAA